UAAUCUUACUAAACACAAUCAGUAACGGAACUCACUAGUUUAAAACAAACAACACUACAAGCAGCCAUGGCUGACGCUCAAACUACUGAUACCCAAACAGUUUCUCACGAUAUUCACAACAUCCUCUCUUCUUCAGAGAGAGACUUUCUUAUUCGCAACGACGGUGAACAGGUUAAAAUUGAGAGCUUGAAGGGAAAGAAGGUUGGGUUGUAUUUCUCAGCAUCAUGGUGUGGUCCGUGUAAGCGAUUUACGCCUGUUUUAGUGGAGGUGUACAAUGAAAUCUCAUCAAAGGGUGAUUUUGAGGUGGUUUUUGUUUCGGCUGAUAAGGAUGAUGAGGCAUUCAAGGGCUACUUCUCAAAGAUGCCUUGGCUUGCAAUCCCAUUCUCUGACUCGGAGACACGUGAUGGCUUGGACGAGUUGUUCAAGGUUAGGGGGAUCCCUUACCUGGUGAUUCUUGAUGAAAAUGGGAAGGUUUUGACUGAUAGUGGGGUGGAGAUCAUUCGAGAGUAUGGAGUGGAAGGGUACCCUUUUACUGAAGAAAAGAUCAAGGAAAUGAAAGAGGAAGAAGAAAGAGCCAAAAGGGAACAGUCCUUAAAAUCUAUCUUGGUCACCAAAUCACGUGAUUAUGUAGUUUCAUCUGAUGGAAAAAAGAUACCUGUCUCGGAACUUGAAGGGAAGACUGUUGGUCUGUACUUUUCGUUGCAAUUAAACAAGUACUGUGCUGAAUUUACUCCACAGCUAAUCAAGGUCUAUGAGAAGCUGAAAGAAAACAGGGAAAACUUUGAGAUUGUGUUGAUAUCACUCGAUGACAACGAGGAAUCUUUCAAGGAGAGUUUAGGUAGCGUGCCUUGGCUAGCAUUGCCCUUCAGUGAUAAGAGCUGCCAGAAGCUGGCUCGGUACUUUGAGCUCUCCACCCUUCCUACUCUAGUGAUCAUUGGCCCAGAUGGGAAAACUCUCAAUUCCAAUGUUGCCGAAGCUGUUGAAGAACAUGGAGUUGAGGCAUUCCCUUUCACCCCAGAAAAGUUUGCAGAACUUGCUGAAAUAGAAAAAGCAAAAGAAGCAGCUCAAACCCUGGAGUCAGUUCUGGUUUCUGGGGAUCGAGAUUUUGUCAUCGGGAAAGAUGGAAGCAAGAUCCCAUUGUCUGAUUUAGUUGGGAAGACCAUUCUCCUGUACUUUUCGGCACAUUGGUGCCCUCCCUGCCGUGCAUUUUUGCCAAAACUCACAGAAGCAUACCACAAAGUCAAGGCAAAGAAUGAACCAUUUGAAGUGAUUUUUAUAUCUAGUGACAGGGACCAAGCUUCCUUUGAUGAUUUUUUUUCAGGAAUGCCAUGGCUGGCGCUUCCCUUUGGUGAUCCAAGGAAGGCAUCUCUGAGUAGGAAAUUCAAGGUCUAUGGCAUUCCUAUGCUGGUUGCUCUUGGACCAACUGGCCGAACUGUCACAAAAGAAGCCAGGAAUUUGAUUUCAGUCCAUGGAGCCGAUGCUUAUCCUUUUACCGAAGAACAUGUGAAGAAUAUUGAAGCAAAAUAUGAGGAGAUGGCAAAGGGGUGGCCUGAGAAGCUGAAGCAUGCACUCCAUGAGCAUGAGCUUGUGCGCACUCGCCGUACUAUUUAUACAUGUGAUGGAUGUGAUGAAGAAGGACAUAUAUGGUCAUUCAACUGUGAAGAGUGUGACUUCGAUCUCCAUCCCAAAUGUGCUUUGGAAGAGGAUAAAGAAACCAAAGAUGAUGAUGCCAAGGAAGAAAAACCCAGCAAAGAAGGAUGGAUCUGUGAUGGGGAUGUCUGUCACAAGGCUUGAGAUAUUUGCCUUUUUGUGCUGACAAGAAUAAGGGUGUUUUUGCCCAUGGAUUAUCUUUGUUGUGUAUGCCUUUUUAUUAAAGAGUGAUGUCUGUCCAUUAAUAAACUUCAUGAUAAGUACAUCGUUGUUGUAUAUAUAUGGCUAUCAGCUUGUGUUAAAGCUUGAUGUAUUUUCUCCUGGUAUCAAAUCGUACUCUGUGCACUUCAUUAAA